AUGGCUUCCAACACGAUACUCCCGACGGGAGGCACUGCUCCUCAGAGCGUCGAAAGUAUCACACGGAUAGCACAAAAUUAUGAAUACAGCUCUUCAGUCCCAUUGCGCUAUUGGAUGAGGACCGCCGCAACUCUUCUACGGGAGGCCCACAUCUACGAACGAGAAGGACAUGACGAACAAGCUUACUUCCUCUUGUUUCGGCACGCUCAGUUGGUCCUCGUGAAUCUUUCCAAGCAUCCUGAUAUCAAACGGAACGAACAAGAUCGCAAGGCCUUGGUAGCAGCCGAGAAGGAGGUUGAAAAAAACCUUAGCAAGCUGGAGGUUUUGAAGCCGAGGAUCAACAAGCGAUUCGAGCGCUACACCCAACUCAUGCGAGAGCGCGAUACCCGCAAACAACCUGUACCAGCCAAAAUUGUUGCCGAACCACGAGAUCGAAUCCCCGAUCCCGCUCUUGCGGGCGUAGCAGAGCCUUUGGAAGCGGCGGAGAAUCGAGAUCUCGCCGUGCGACUAGCUCAAUCGGAGUUCAGUCGGCGAGCAACUGCGCGAAGUUCCAAGGUCGAUUCUGGGUCUUCGGUUGACGAGCUGGAAAGUCGUCGUGCGGCCGGUGUAUGGGGUGACUGGGAUACCCAGUUGAAAUCGGAUACUCGACCAGGCGACCAAGAUUUGAGUCAACGCAUUCAGAAUAUCAGGUCAAAUAUCGACAACCCGUAUGGCCACCGUGCUAAGAAUUCCGAGGGUCCUACGGCGGUAUACAAGUACCCAAGCGUGCCUCGUCAAAGUUCUCUGGAGCCCAACGUGUCUCGUGCUCAAAUUGCCAUUCUUGACAAGAAUGCGGAACGCCAUGCACCGCCGAUAUUACCUCCAAAGGAGCGCAUGGAACCUAGCAGAGCAUCGAUCAUCGGCGAUAUUGCACCUCUACGACCGGCAAAAGUGUCACCAAGCCCAGCGCUCCCCAACAAAGUACGCCCAUCCGACGAAAUUGUUCCCAGCAAAUCAAUUCUUGAUCCUUCGAGCUAUACCUUCAGGCCUUCCGCGUACCUCGAAAACGGCACUCCUCUGCGUUCUGUGUUUCUACCUGGGGAUCUCCGAUCUCGUUUCUUGUCCUUGGCAGCUUCCAACACCCGUGCCAACCUAGAGACCUGUGGUAUUCUUUGCGGUACUCUCGUUUCUAACGCACUUUUUAUCUCCAAACUCGUUAUCCCAGAGCAGACAUCAACCUCUGAUACUUGCGAAACAGUAAACGAGUCCGCUCUGUUCGACUACUGCGACUCCGAGGAUCUGAUGACCCUUGGCUGGAUUCACACGCACCCAUCGCAGACCUGUUUCAUGAGUUCGCGUGAUCUGCAUACACACUGCGGAUACCAAGUCAUGCUCCCUGAAAGCAUCGCCAUUGUAUGCGCACCGAGCAAAACUCCGGACUGGGGUGUGUUCCGAUUGACGGAUCCCCCGGGGCUCAAGUCUGUCUUGAACUGCAAUCAAACCGGUUUAUUCCAUCCCCAUGCCGAAGAAAAUAUCUACACGGGGGCCUUGCGGCCAGGACAUGUUUACGAACACAGUGAUCUAGAGUUUGAGACAGUAGACCUACGGCCAGAUGCCGCGAGGCAUUAA